UGCGGGACGGUACGGCGAGAAUGAGAUUAAACCCAUUCCUUAGUGUAGCGUUUAAACAGAUAUAUUUUUUCAUAAGUUAUCGAGUAUAGUCCAGUUGAUAGUGAGUCUCUGGACGCAAUCUGUGGUAUUUUUUAUAUUUUAUUUGCUGCUACAGAAGGAUGUUUGUACUUUUAAAAUGUUCGCCGGGACUGUGUGUUCUGAGAACGAUGCUGUCAGUGAAGACCGGCACGUGCAGGUUCCGAGCCGCUCUCAGCCGGUACCGGUACCGGUCCGGUGAAACACGCGGGAAUGCGAGCGGCUCUGGAUUUGAACAAGAAACAGAAAAGAAGUGUGGGAGGCUGUCAGAGGAGGCGGCCAUCUAUGUGCACUGGCCCUACUGUCUGAGACGAUGCUCCUACUGCAACUUUAACAAGUACAUUUCCCGAGCUGUCAGUCAGGCCACCAUGAGGGAGUGUUUGGAGAGGGAAACGGAGACGCUGCUGCACCUCAGCCAGGUUUCCCGCAUCACUUCCGUGUUUUUCGGCGGUGGAACUCCCAGCCUGGCUCCGCCUUCAACGAUCGCUGCGGUCCUGGAGACGGCUGCCAGACACGCCCACCUUCCAGGGGAUGCUGAGGUCACUCUGGAGGUCAACCCCACCCCUGCUGGGGCGUCCUCCCUGGGGGACUUUAAAGUCGCUGGUGUGAACCGCUUCUCCGUUGGAGUGCAGUCUCUGCAUGAUGAGGACCUGAGAGUGCUCGGGCGAGACCACAGUUCCCAGGAUGCCCUGCGCACGGUGGCUGAGGCCCAACGCUUGUGUCCGGGACGCGUGUCUGUGGACGUCAUCUUUGGGCGCCCAGGUCAGACUGCAGGAUUGUGGGAAACGGAGCUGGAAGAGCUGCUGUCGGUGUGUGAUGACCACGUGUCCCUGUACCAGCUAACCCUGGAGAGGGGAACAUACCUCUUUAAGCAGGUGCAGGCAGGUCUGCUGGGGGUACCGGAAGAGAACACCAUGGCCCAAAUGUAUGACAGUGCCCGGAGGAUUCUGGGAAAGCGAGGCUUCCUGCAGUAUGAAGUGUCGAACUUUGCCAGAAAUGGUGCUGUCAGUUCUCACAACAUGAACUACUGGAAGGCGGGUCAGUACCUGGGAGUUGGCCCAGGGGCCCAUGGUCGCUUCACCCCCCGGGAAGAGGGUCGGGUGCUGAGGGAGGCCCGGACCCAGACCCUAGAACCUGAUGUGUGGAUUAAGGAGGUCCAGCGCUGGGGUCACGGCACACGGCGAAGGAUCCCACUCGAGCACCUGGAGCUCCUGGAGGAGGUGUUGUUAAUGGGAUUGCGCCUGGCCGAGGGGGUAUCUCAUGAGCACUGGAGGCAGUUCAGCCCAGAUGCAGACCUCCAGAAGGUGCUGGGGACCUCCAUAGAGGUUCAGGAGCUGCAGGACAGAGGCCUACUGGUCUUGGAUGACAGGGGGUUGCGAUGCUCUUGGGAGGGGUUGGCACUUCUGGACAGUCUGCUGCCCCCAUUGCUGCUCCAGCUGCAGGAACACGGUGGCCAAAAAGGGGCACGUGGGUGAUGGGAUGGGGUCUCAAGGACUGAAAGGUGUAGGGUCCAAGAUUCUGCAUCUGUGUCCUGCAUGAUCAUCCUUUCCUGAUGUGUGAAAACCAGCGGAAGCAGGAAGCAGGACCACCGGCCGUCGUGUGAGGUGGGGCGAAUCCCAGGGACGCACACUGUGGGACCUGGAUGGCGUGAUAGCAAGGUCUGUCAGGUAACCUUUAACCAUGAUGACAGCAGAACUUCAUGAAGGAUUUUAUCCUUCCAGCUCAAGAAAUGGACAUAAAAAAAUGAGACUCUUCUGCCGUGUCAACAAAAUUAUUUAGUUUCCUCACAGUCUAUAUUUAAUACUAUAAUUCUAUUUGAUAAGAAAAUAUUUGAAG